GGAAGUUGUAUAGUUUCGCGUUAGCUUGGAACAGGGUCUCGGUGGUUGCUGUCUUUGUAAAGGAAUGUCGCUGCUGCUUCAUCUGUGUCGGGAUGGAGGUCUGACAGAUGUUUCGAGAUAAAGAUGUCGGGGGUGCAUUUUGUUGUCAUAAUAAAUAACCGUGAGUAUUUGUAGCAGAAACUAUAUCAAAUACAAACACCCAUUUGUUUCGCCGAAAAAUGUCAAUGAACGAACGGAGAGCUAAGCGAGGCUAAUAUCGGCUAGCUUAGUCAGACUGAGAGGAUAACGUUACCUUUCAGUCAGGAUGGAUAACAAACCAGGUUGAUCCAUUUCUGUCAGAAGUCUGUGAUCACCUGAAAACUGAAAGCAGGUGAUGUGAUGUUACACUUGCCGUCAAAACUGCUGUCAAAAUCUGUCUUAGCCUAGCUAACAGCUUGGCCAGCUAACGCUAGCAGCAUAACGUAGAAAGGAAGAUUGUGUGUAAAAGUAAAUGAAUGAUUGUGUCAUUACUAUGAAUUAGAGCUAGUUUCUGCUGUAAUGGACGGAUUCAUACGUUUCUCUGGUGUUGUCAAAUGGAGACAAACCCCGAUGAUUGUGGAUGAUCAACUGCUCCUUGCUAUUCCCUUUGAGAUUUAACACAGACAUGGAUUUACUUCUGCAAACCUUAAUUUCACACUUCACUUCAGUCAUAUUACAAAUCAAACCUCCUUUUUGAUGCCGGGAGGCGAUCCAAGAGCCACUAGGCAGUGGUGUAAGCAGAAAAUGAAAGCAGUACCAUAAAUAGACAGUAUAGUACAACCAAACAAACCAAUUCAGCUGUAGUAUUUCGCAUUUGGUUAGGGACUUGUAUUUACAAUAGGUUUGCGGAAUAGGAGAAAAAGAUGUAGUGUAGUGUGAUGUGCUGCUACAUUGUUACACAUAGAAAUAGCGUGUUACAAACAAAAUAAAUACCUAUUAAUAUCAAGGGUCUUAUUUUGAUCAGAUUUUUCUAAAUCUGCACUGAUUAAUCUGAAGGUAGCUUUCAGCUAGUCUAUGCUUCAUCUAACUCUAGGGCUGGACGAUAUGGGAAAAAGUUUAUCACAGUCGAUAUCGAUAUCACAAUAUAAAAAAAGCACUUGUCAAUCUUAAAUGUUCCCUGUUAAGGUCCUUACACACUGGGACCAUUUUUUUCAUGCGAUUAUUUCGGAUAUUUUUUUUCGAAUCUGUAUCCUGUCAAUACAAGCGUUCACAUCAGCAACAUUUUCCAGUCCUGCGAUAUUGCAGCAUUUAUUUUUUCGGAGUUUCUCAUACUGUGUGUCCACUUCUGACCAAUCAGAUUGCGUGUUGUGGCGACGUCAGAUUCAAUGGUAUAUCCAACAUGGCCGGCCGGCUGAUUGUUUACGUGUCAGAGAACAGAGUGCUUUAUGAUAAAAGACACCAAACAUUACAAAGAUAUCACCUGAAGGACAACUUGUAAAGAGUCAAGUUAAACGUUAAAAUGCGAUGAUUCUGUGUAGCUGCAGCCUGCUACAACACAGUUGUUUGCUACUUCAGCACAUGCUUGGUUCAGUGCGAAGCGGACCUGGAGCAACUCCCCUUUUCAUUGCCUAUUUGUAUUGUCUUCCAAAACAUGGCAGAAUGGCAACUAUCGAAAAAGCAUAUUGACCAUGUUUUAUGUUGAUAUUGAGGGAAAUUAAUUUUCAAUAUAUAUCGUUAUUGUUUUAUCGCCCAGCCCUAUCUGACACAAUCCAAUUGACCUUUUUUCCUAAUGAGAUCAAUAUUAAAUAAACUUUUCCCAUGUCGCCCAGCCCUAGAUACUGUUGAUUAAAAUCAGAAUUUGACGGUUUUCAAAUAAUUUAAACCUGAUAUUUAAUUAAAAAUACUGCAGACAAAAUGUCUAAUGUGGAUGUUGCAACUUUUUUCUUUUGUUUGUUUAAUGGAGAAUACAUAUGCUUGAUUAAAAUUUUAUUCCAAAAAUGUUUGGGCAGAAACACGUUUGCCAAAGUGUUCUAUCACCUCUUUCUUUACUGACACCAUGUAAAUGUUUGAGAAUUAAAGAUUUCAAAAUAGAUUCCCAAACCUGACGUCCUUAUUCAUUCUUCUUUGCAGAUGAUGCUCAAAACAACAUGGUAGAUACUUCCACCUCUGACCAGCGAGCAAGAACACCAAGUUGGAUCUGAAAGAAGCACCGCUCAGUAUUCACUGCUUUGGCUUUGGAUUUGUGUCAAAGCAUGGACCCUUAACUCAGCAGUUAGGAACACUGUUACACUUCUCUUUCAGUUGUGAGAGACCACUGUACACGACCAAGUUUUACCGUAAAGCUUGUAAAGUAAAGUCAAGAUGUUUUCAGCACUAAAGAAGCUGGUGGGAUCUGAGCCGGGGCAGCUCAGGGACAAGAACAUUCCGGCCGGCAUGCAGUCAAUGAACCAAAGUCUACAGAGACGCUUUGCCAAAGGGGUUCAGUAUAACAGUAAGUACCAGCCAAUCAGAAAGACAUGGCUCUGCAGACACAAAGCUGUAUUUUGGAUGGGUUGUAAUUUUGAGUAUCUUUUCCUUUACAGUGAAAAUAGUCAUCCGGGGAGACCGAAACACUGGAAAGAGUACUUUAUGGCAUCGACUGCAGGGCAAGAAGUUUGUAGAGGAAUACCUUCCCACUCAGGAGAUCCAAGCCACAAGUAUCCAUUGGAACUACAAAAGUGAGUAACCCAUCUCCUCUCUGCAUAUGAACAGCUUUCACCUUAUCACUGCUGCUUCUGUUUGUUUGUUUGUUUAUUUUCUUGAAUGUUUGACAUCUCCUGUUCUUCAUGAUAUAUUUCAGUGGCUCCAUAUCAAGGUAAAGGAAAAAAAGUGUGUAGGUUUAGUUUUAGCUGAGAAGUCCUCUAUUUGUGUCAGUCCUUCCAAUAGGAGCUCUUUUCCUUCCACUACUACUGAUUGUGUUUUUAGUGCCUAGAUACUGUUUUGAGGUCUUUAAAGCUGGGGUAAAAAGAAAACAGUAAUUCAACCAAAAGUUACAUGAAUAUUCAGUAGGGCUGUAAAGAUUCAUUUACUGCAUCAAUGCAUUGAGUUUAAUUACCACGAUUCACCUGCGUCAAUACAUUGACAGCCAUGCCAUACUCCCAUAUGGCGCAUAUUAAGUAAUAGUUGUGUUCCAAAGUUAAUCAUUGAUUAUGCACUACAAUCUGAUAGAUACUGAGAAAAUUUGUUGCAUAUUUUUGCAUGUGGAUAUAUUUUUACAGUAUCCAGUUUGAAAGUUGACCCAAUAAUUUUCAUUAGUCUUCAAGGAUGUUAGUUCGAUAUGGUGAUUUUACAAGGAUUGCAGUAACCUGUUUUAACUGAUAGCGUUGAUUUACGGUGCUGCAAACAUACUCCAACAUUCGUUAGCCAACAGAUAAUUACUCUGAUGUGUUUCAGUGGCAGAAAGAAGAGGACAUUUUGAUUGGCCCUGUGUUUUUUUUUAUAUUUCAAUCACAAAGGAGGCUGCUUGCUUUUAAAUCACCGGGAUCAGCACAUCAGAUAUCAUUUUCUAAUUUAACAUGGUGAUAUGUUGCUACACAGUCACAGAAUUGUCAUUUAGACACUUAUUGACCUUAGUGCACAGAGUUGGCAGCGGCACAGUGUCUCUAUCCUCUUUCUUUGUAUGUAGGUUGGUGACAAAAGGUUACCAUGGUGAAUUGACGCACUGUCUGUGUCGCUCUAAAACUUAUUUUUUAACUCCUCAUUUUGCUGCCAAAAUGUAUCUGUGUUUCUUAAAGCUACGCAUACGCUUUAUAAACUUGUAGUUUAUGUUAUUACUGAAUUUUGAUAACUGUUCUCUUUGAUUCUAAUUUUUGACACGUGCACAAAUAAAGGGGUGCAUGUAAAAAAAAAAAGCAAAAAGAGAAGUAGGUAAAAAAAAAACAUUUAUGUGCAAAAAUCAAAUGCAGGACAUAAAGUUUUGUCUCCAUAUGUAUCCUGUGCUGGGGGCUGUAGUUCAUCUCACCUGGUAAAGCCAAUCAUUUAUGAUAGAGAAGGAUCUCAGGAUCUUAGACUUAGGAUAGUCUACAUAUUUUCUUUUUCGCCCUUUGCCACUCACAUCCCUGAUAGAUAUCUGCAUUUAUUCUUUAUAUUAGAAAUAACAAUAUAAAUGUUGCCACAGAAGGUUCAGUGUUUUCAGUCAGGCAUGAUGAAGUCUAACUAAGACUAAGACGUGACCAGCAGGCAGAAGUGUGAUGUUCUUUAUAAUUCUCUUCAAACCUUUCUUCACUUUGUUGUACUUAAGUACCAUUUUUGUUUGUUUUCUAUCUUUAAUGACCCCUGAUCAGUUAGAUAGUUAGAAUUGACACAUUGGAAUUGCGCAUAAUACCAUUCUCAACUUUUUCAAUCACAAUGCCAGACUACUGGUACAUGAUGACAGGCAUGUGACUACAACAGAUAUCUUGGUGUUUGUUUGAAUGUAAUGAGAGCUGUAAAGGGAAAAGGAGAGUUUUAAAGCAUACCCCAGCUUUAAAAGGUUGUACAUAUGAUUUAUUUUACACGCCUGCUUAAGAACAUGAAUAAUAUGAAUGCUCUUUCUUUUUUUUCAAAGCUACUGAUGAUGUGGUCAAAGUAGAGGUGUGGGACGUGGUAGACAAAGGUGAGUGUUGACACACCUGCCAGACUUUCCACUGGGGCCUUACCUCGCUCUUAGAAGUUACGCCUUUGUCUAUUUACUGCAGUCACUCUGCCACAGUUUGUCAGAACAUCAAACAGAUGAAUGGGUGUUUGUCUGUGUUUGUUGAUGUUGUCUUUUUUUUUUUUUUUUUUUUACCUCUCUUGCACUCAUAUCAGGCCAAAAAUAUCCUCUUCCUGAAGGUGUAGGUGAGCUCCACAAUAGUGUGUAGAGACUGAACUUGCUCUUGUGCUGUAGGUUUGCCCCCGCUUAGCUCUUCUCUCUAUGUGAAAUGUCAAUAAUCUCAAGGUUUGGCUACUCCCAGGUUUGCUGUGUCGUUGGAUUUCAGAGUGUAUGAACCACGUGAGCCAUGACUAAAUGCCAGCUAUGUGUAUUUACAUGGGCUGUGUAUGUUAAAACAACCCUGCAAUAUGCUUUUCAGUAAGAAAAGCUGCGGUGCUGCUGUGCUUGCUUUUGAUUGUUUUAGACUAAUGUAAACCAACAUACUAAGCCGUGGGCGUGAAGUAAUUCCAGCUCGUCUUAAUUCAACACAUCUCUUUCUUGUUCUCUCAGGCAAAGGCAAACGCCGCGGAGACAAUUUGAAACUGGAGAAUGAGACUCAAGAGGUGAUUAUCACAUGAAUGUCAUGUGUUCAGGGAAAAAAAAAGCUGACUUAUAGUAUGUGGGUCAGUGAUGGAAUUUGCUCAAUAAGUCUUACAGGAUUUCAAGAGUAAAACUUUAAAGUGUUAUUUUUGUGUAACAGAUUCUCUUAAUUAAUCUAAGUGUUUGUGUGUGUUGUAGUCCGAUGAAGUGGCCCUGGACGCAGAGUUCCUGGAUGUGUACAAGAACUGUAACGGGGUCAUCAUGAUGUUUGAUAUAACCAAGCAGUGGUAAGGGUUUGUGUGUGUCCUGGUCGUUGUCUUCACCCUGUCUCAUCAGUGAACUCUCAUGCUACAAUAUGCAUGGACAGAUAAGGUUUCAGUCCGUCUGCAUGUGGCGAUGGAGUUUCCACUGCAGGAUUCUGUUCAGCUUUAAAGGCAAAACCUUCAAAGGCUCAUUGUACGGGUGUUAGAUGUUUAAAAACAGUAAUACUUGCAUGUCUUGAGGAAGCUGUUGGUAUUUUAGCAUUGGCUAAUGUGUCUUGUUGCAGAUGUACAAAUUUGUUACUUGUAGUCAAGAUAUAAUUAUCACUUUCAUGUGUUAGUCCCAAUAUGUUCACCGUAAUGUCAAACUGUACAAGUAACAUUUGUCUGUUUCCAGUGAACAUCUGUUUUUGUAAAUAAUGUAGCGAUGGUUUAGACCAGGGGUCGGCAACCCGCGGCUCUGGAGCCGCAUGCGGCUCUUUCUUCCCUAUGCUGCGGCUCCCAAUGGAUUUGGAAAAUAAAUAAUAAAUACUUAAUUGCAUUUUAUUUUAUUUUAUUAUUAUUUUUUUGUAAUUCUAAAUUCAAAGAUUAUAAUGCUCUUGUAACAUUAAAUAAACUAUUAAGGCUGCAACAACGAAUCGAUUAAGUAGAUUCGUCGUGACGAAAAAAUCCGUUGCCAACAAAUUCUGUAAUCGAUUCGUCGGGUCUUUAUAUAUGUCCAUGGACACCGGCGUGUAAACAUCAGCAGGACGCACAGAAAAGAAACAGCCAUGGCCGAGGCAGCGGCUGAGAAAAACAUGGACACAACCCAACCCAAAUCCCGACCUAAAACAUCAGUGGUGUGGGAAAACUUUACCAAGAUUGAAAAGGAAGGCGUUCAGUGCAACAUUUGCAAAGACCGUUUUGCAUGGCUCGGGAGUACAUCGAUGAUGCGUGAGCACAGGGCUCUCAAGUCUCACGCAUUCAGUGUAUGACACACGCAUUCCCACUCGUUCACACGCUCACACACCACACAUUGUAUUUCUCACGCAUUUAAAUGAACACGGUGAUGUCCACCAAGUUGCACUUCUUCAACUAUGGAACUGGGGGAAAUCAACUGAGUUCCUCCGAGAGUUCAGAAGCUGCGUGCCACGCACAAGCCAAUCAAAUAAAGUAUAUCUACUGAACAGCCAAUCAAAAAGCAGCAUUGCUGUAUCCGGGUAGAUUUUGAUAUCUUGCGGUCUAACUACAGAAGAAGACAGACACUCGCCGAAAUAGUUCAUUUAUUUCAUAAAUGCAACUCGCUACAGUUUUUUAUAUACUUUGUAUAAAGGUAAAAAAAAAAGAUGUAUGCAAUGUUAUCUUCAUUUUAGAUGUCAAAGAGGUUUUGUGGCUCCCUGUGUUUUCUUUUCUGUGGGAAACUGGUCCAAGUGGCUCUUUGAGUGUUUAAGGUUGCCGACCCCUGGUUUAGACAGAAAUGAGACACCAGCGCUGGUAUUUCUGAGGUAAAAGUAAAAGUAAAAAAAAAAAAAAGGUAGAUAAUUGCGAUAACUCUGGUUGUGUCUGUCUAGGUCUGGGGACUACAUUGAAGAUUUUUGGAUUUAUACCUACUGUUUGGACUGUGUAACAAGACCAUGAUAGUACUUUACUAAUAUAGGUCCAUUCCAGAAAGAAUAGCAUUGCUUUACAGUAUGUUUGUCUUAUUUAUGUUGUAUUUUAUUUUCAUGUAGCACAUCUUGCAAACCUUACAUGUUUGUUUUACUAACUUUCUCCUGCUCUAUGAUGUCCUCUCUGCCAACCUCAUUGGACAACCAGUUGAUUUUAUUUUUCCAUUAUCAUAGAUUUGACUUCAUAUUAGCAAUUUAUUUGAAAAAAAUGGAUACUUAGUAAAUGAGACGAUACGAUACAUCACCAGACAAAAUAUCGCGAUACUUUGCUGUAUCGAUUUUUUUCUCCCACCCCUACUUUACAGGUAGUAGAAGCUCAACUCAGGCAUGUAGUUCAACCAAAGCUGUGCAUUAAAACAUCACACACUUGCCUCUUGCCAGUUGGCGCAGGACAUCCUUUUCUCUGACUCUGACUCAUUAAAGCGCGUUAAAAAAAUUAUACAAUGUUUUUUUUUAAUGCGCUUCUACAUAUUGAAACGUGUGAGCUCCAUUAGGAAAAAGUCAUUGUUUAUCCUUUCUAACACCCGAUAGCUUGUCCAGCAGAAUGUGUUCUGACUUGAUAGUUUACGAUUACAAUAAGAGUUUACAGUAUCAAGUUUCCCCUCGGGGAUAAUUAAAGUUCUUUUUAUCUUAAUUUUCUUAGCUUUGUCCAGAGUACACGCACCUUUGGAAUCUAUAUUAUAAAAAUGUACACGUAAAAGGAUUACUUCUAUUUUAAAAAGUCAAAUGAAACAGGAAAUUUUGGAUCAGUUAAUCAAUCAGGCAAUCGUCUCUGUACAUCUACAUCCUGUGCUGUUAUUUUGUGCUUGCAGGACGUUUAACUACAUCUUAAGAGAACUACCUAAAGUACCCACCCAUGUGCCAGUGUGUGUGUUGGGAAACCACCGGGACAUGGGCGAGCAUCGUGUGAUCCUUCCUGAUGAUAUCAGAGACCUUAUCGCUGGACUCAACAGGUAGAGAUCAGUUUAAGGGUCAAAUGAAACCAGAGCCAUCGCUGCCUCUUGUGAAAUCUGAUUGGCUGUUGGGUUUUUGAAUUUGAAUUCAAGUAUAAUUAGUUCUCACUCUGAUGUGAUGAAGAGGAUGAAAAAGUAAAUCUAUACAUAUACUCCAUACAGGAAGCAGUCAUGAAAGUCAACCGCUUUUACUUGUGUUUCACAGGCCGAUGGGAUCCUCUUACAUCCACUAUGCUGAGUCCUCAAUGAAAAACGGCUUCGGCUUGAAGUAUCUACACAGGUUUUUCAACAUCCCCUUCCUGCAGCUACAGGUUAGUUUCUACAUCUGAAUGAUCACAAAUACUCAAACUGUUCUAGUUUUUCCAACUAUCGCUGAUUUAAGGAUCCGGUAAGCUUGAAGUCACAUGCUUUAUUGUUAAGCCAGAGCGACAUUCUCUCUAAUCAUGCUUUCUAACAGUGUGACUGCCGAGGCUUAAUCUGAGCCCUCGUUUAAUCAUUCAUGUCAAGUUUGUGCUUGUAUGUUGGUGUGUAUGUUCAGAGAGAGACACUUCUGAGGCAGCUGGAAACCAACCAACUAGACAUGGAUGCAACGUUGGAGGAGCUGUGUGUCCAACAGGAGACUGAGGAUCAAAACUAUGACAUGUACCGUGUUCCUUCUUUUUCUGUCUGCCUGUGUACUGUUGUCCAGAUCCCAGAGGAGGGACAUGAGCAGAAGUUUCGUUUUACAAUGGAUUUUGUUGAACGCUAGACUGUGUGCUGUGUGCACUCGGUACUAUCUGGUCAAAACCUCACACUUGAAAGCUUGUCCUUUCAGGGACUCUGUAGUGCAAAGGAAAUCUGUAAGGCACAACAGUUCCAACAUGAAAAGAGGGGAUAGAGUUGGAUGUAGGAAGAGUACAUGCUCACUUAAGUCUCUGCUGUCAGCUGCGAGGAAAGUAAGAAAAAAAAACUUACAAUUUCCUCAAGUUUUUUUCAAGCGUUGAACUCAGAGAAGUUCUGUGACCACAGCGACGUUGUUUGUCUUUUACUCAAGACACCUCCAUGCUUCUUUAGAUCUAAAAUACAUAGACUCAUUGAGACCAGUGAUUUAACCUAACCAAACUCUUCUAUAUUGGCCACACUACUGCACUCCUGCUAACUACAUAGACUGUUGUUGUUGUUGGACACUGUUGAGAUCAUCCUUGGGUUUAUAUAGCUAAACACCACUGCUGUAGUUGUAUGACUGGUAAGGAUGUUAAUUUGUGAAUUAAUCAGUCGGAUCAAAAACAUUUAGAAAAUAUGAUAAAAUCUCAUCAAUGAUGAGAAUUAAAAGCAAUUUAAAAAUUAGGCAUCAGGCCUCAUUUACAGCAUUCACAUGGAAAGUCUUGAUAUGGAUUUUAAAGGUUUAAGUCUUAAAAUUCUUACUCUUGCUUCCAAGAGUUGGUAAAUUUAAGAUGAGACACAUUUGAAACAUAUCUGACUACUUCACAUCGUAAUGUAAAGUUUUUGUAUUCUUGUUGGUGGAACUACUUGUUUCUUAGAAAAAAUGCAGCAUUUAUGGUACUUUAUUAUGUACACAUUAACAGACAGUAAACACAACUGAAAAGAGAGAGAAAUGAGAGCAUGUGAAUUUAAAGAAAUGUGGCUUUAAGAUGAAAAAGGCAGUGAAUUAAUUGUUGGAGGGGGUCUUAGGAGCAUAUUCUAAGUCUUUGAUUGUAAGAUAUUGUAUGUGCAGCAACCCUGAGUUCUGUUCAGUCUUGAGCUUGGGGGAAAAUGAAAUGAAAUGAUAUUAAUCAGUCAUGCUGUGAUUUCUGCAGAUUCUUGGAGAACUUGGAGUCUCGCAGUAAGGGCUACGGCUCCCCUGGUCCAGCCAACGGCCAGAGUCCAUCCUCAGGCUCCCAGUCUCCCAUUGUCCCUCCUAGUGGGGCCUCUACAGGCAGCUCCAGCCCCAGCACUCCGCAGCCUCCCAUUCCCCCCCAGGUUAUCCCACAGUCACCAUCUGUGACGGCGUCUUCCCCUCCAACUCCUUCAGCAGGGGUUAGCGGAGUAGCUUCGCCUGUUGUUGAGUCAAAGCCUCCAACCCAGUCGCCUCAACACCUUCAGUCCGCAGCAGCAUCUGGAGCAGCAGCCCCCCAGAAACGCGGCUUCAUGUCCCGCUGGUUCGGCUCAUCACCCGCUGCUGAGGCUUCUGCUUCUGGACUAGGUUUGACUCUUCUGUACCAACACUCCUUCAUUUAUUUAUUACAACAAGAAUGGGGAAAUAAUUCCACCUCCAAAGCUUCAACAGUUAGUGUCCUCAUUUCCCAAAUGCAUGUUGGGUGUUGCUCAAAAGAAAGGUGAUAUAGCACAGUGAUAAACAAGCUUCUAUCCCAGGCUUUUUUAUAGAAUAUGUUGCAGGCAUCAAAUUCAAUAUGAGUAUUUGCAAAAAGAAAAAACAAACAACAAAAAAGUUUAGCAUUUGAAUAUUGAAUAUCCUGAAACCGUAAAACCACAAACAAAAUUAGUAGUGCCAGUUAUGUGAAACAGAACUACCUAUAAACUACACAAAGGCUACAUGUAUAGUUCUAGAAAUUCUGCAAUGUUGAAAUAUUUCAAAGAUGUUGUUUAGUCUGUUUAAAAUAAUGUGGAUACAUGCCAAAUGCAAAUUAAAGGGAUAUUCCGGUGUAAAACUAAGUUAGGGCCAAAAACACCAAAACACCAAGUUAGACACCCCGUCGAGAGAUGAAUGUUGCCGACUGCUUGCUUCUCUAGUUAUACCAACUUUAGUAACGACCGCACGAUAGCAAUACACAGCAGUCUCAGGAGCCACACGCUCAACCAAAAAGCCACUCUGCAGAAGAACUACUGCGACUGCAGUUCAAAAUGAUUAAUAUCAUGAUUAUUACUGCAAGGAAAUGAUAAAGAAAUGAUCAUAAAUGUUCUUCUUUGAGCUGCAUCACCCUGCUGCAGUUAGUUUGAACUUGCCCGAGGUCUCCAUACGAACAAGCGGCUGCUGGAAGAGAGUAGGUGAGUCGUGUUUAGUCUCUUUGCUAAAGAAAUCAAGCAAAGUUAAAAAGAUGUUUGGCGGCUAGUGCUAUGGCUGGCACCCUAUUUAAAGUUAGGUGCUGUUCUGAGCAUUAUUUGUGGCUAUAGAGUGGAGUUUUGGUUUAGCGCGUGGCUCUCUGUAUUGCUAUCUGCGUUCGUUUCUAAAGUUGGUAUAACUAGAGAACCAACACUGAUCUCUCGACUGGGUGUCUAAUUUGGUGUUACGGUGUGUUUGACCCUAACUUAAUUUUAUGCCAGAAUAUCCCUUUAAAAGGUUUAAAUUAAUGAAUCAACAUUUGACGUCAGAUUUCAGAUUUCAGAUUCUGUUGUCAUACAUUCAAAGCCACACAUACUAUCCUAUUAUUUGUUGUUGUUUCAGCUGUUGAAUACUGUAGUACAAAACAGAAACUUCAGUCGACAGUAAGUAGUCACAAGAUUCAUGAUUUAGCAGUCCAGCAAUGCAGAGCUUUUCAAAUGAUCAACUGACCGGCUGGUGUGUGAAUGUCAUGUGAUCGAACAGUCUCGUCUGACUUUUUGGUAAUUAGGACGGCAACACAUGGCAGUGCUGUGAUGGGAGCUACAGUGUAGAUUUUUUAAUAGGUUUAAAUUGUUCAGUAGUUACUCACAUAAAUCUUCCUCUAUGUUUUCCUCAGAGGACCCGCCCGCACAGGUCUGUCCUUCUAAGGUUCAGAGCGUGGAUGAUUUUGUGCCAGAUGAAGGACUGGAUAGGAGCUUUUUGGAGGACAGCCUGCCCUCCAAGAACAAGGUGCCUCAGCCUGCGCCUGCUUCAGCCAUGGACAGUGACAGGUGAGCGUCGACUUAUAAUUUGUUAUGAGCUUGGAUAUCCUCUGAGAUGUGGUUAAAACGUCCUCUUUUCAUGAACCUAAAAAGAAACUUAUUGUGGAGAGGAACAAGACUUAAUUCAUUCUAUCCUCCUCGUGAAACAAUGUGUUGACUCAAAAUAUCAAGAUGUUUUGCACAUUUUUAUAGACUUUUAAAGAAGUUUGGGUAUAAACCACAAGAACUCAAAAAAUAGAUCCUGUUGAUGAGGUUUUUUCUCAAGUAUCUUUUGACCAGGGCUGUGACAGCGGCUUUCCAGCAGAUGGCCCCCUUCCCACCUCUUUGAAUGAUUGUGAAAAGCUGACUUCAAUAAAAUUAAAAAGUAAUGUGUUAAAAAGUUCACACAGACAUCAAAAGACAUUACCGUCUUUGAACAGCCAAGUGUUGUUUUUUUUGAGGUUAGAUGAAAAAUGAAGUGAAAUAUCAAUGUUAUGCAGUGUACAGAAACUUCAAAAUGUAUCGAGUUGACUGGUGAUUCUUAAAGAAAUGAAACUGUUGGUUUUAGAAAAUAAUACAACAGGGCUUCUUUUUUUGGCUUUAACUGUAAUAGCAUACAUGCAUUUUUGGCAGGUGAGCAUGUGUGCUACUUAACAAACCAAUUUACAGUAACUGCAGUUUAAAAGACAUGAUCAUUAAUUGCUCUUUUCAAAGUAAUGUGUCCUGUCAAAGAGAAAAGGUCAAAGAUCUGUUUUUGUUUACUUUCUUUCUCUUUAGCGAUGGUGAAGGCAAAGGAAACCCCAUGGUGUCUGGUUUCCAGGAUGAACUCGAUCCUGAUGACAAUGAGCCCAGCCUUCCCCAGCCGAAAUCCCUGCCCCCCAGUAAAGAUAUUACCCUGACUAGUGAUGAGGAGGAGGGAGUAACAAAAGCCCCUACCAUCACACAGGACCAGGACCUGGACAGUGAACCUGAUCUGAAAGCGUAAGUCUUCUUUUAGGAAAAAGAUGGCUGUCAGUAUUUCCUACAUAGAAUAUUUAUGAUGAUACAUUUGACUGUCAAAAUUUAGCAGGAUCAGAUUUUUUUUUUUCAAAAGGAGCUACUUGAAUAUUCAGAGAGUAAGAUAAGCAAAGACUGCUCCAUUGACAAGGGGCGCAAAACUAACAGAAUUUGAAAGUUCCUCACAGGAGCUCUAAGGACACUGACAGAAGACCUAUCUACUUUCUGAUCUGAAGCAAAAACGGAUAUAUGACGAGCUACUUUAAAGCUAUGUAAUGUGUAUUUUAGUGCAAAUAAACAGGCUGAGGUGUGAGUCAGAAAGAUCAGACAGAUUAAGCUCCACGGUGUAACAGGAUGAUAUACACAGUCACACUGUAAGGGUGAGUUUAACCAUGAUCGCAGCUGACUUCCUGUGGCUUCUUAGAUUUGAUGAUUAAAAACCUUGAAUGUUCGCCUCCGCUGCUGCGGCAAAAAGUGACUUCACUAAAAGAGCACACAGACAUGAAAAGAAAACUGUUAAGACAAAAGAUAAAUAUAAGUUAACAUGAGUUUGGUAUUUUUCAGGCCUGAGAUCCUCGUCACAAAGCCAAAGGUGGCAUCAAAACCUCCAGAACCCCGAGGUCAGACUGCAGCGCCCAUUUCCCUCACCCUGACUCCUGCAGCAGAGCAGCCCAUCCGACACCAAGGCAAGAAAAAGGGCAGCACUCCGAAAGCUGAGGACUCUGAUACAGACCCUGAGGCUCCUGUAGCACAGCAGAUGCUCUCAUUUGUCAUGGACGACCCCGACUUUGAGUCUGAAGCAUCAGAUACACCAAAAAUAGCAAAGGUGAAGAAGAUUCAUCACCUCCACAACAAUACUGUCUGAGGUUAACUCAGGAUACAGCAGGUUUUAUCAUUUUACUGAGCUGUUUUUUAUCAAGUUUAUUGAAGUCAGUAUUUGAGUCACACUGAAAAUGUGACGCAAAUCAGGCAAACUUCAGUCAUAGUUCUUCCGUCCACUUGAGAUAUUUAGAUUGCACUUCUUUGAACUUCCCACCAACCUGGAAACUUGACAUUAAUUUCAUAUUUUUGGAAACUCUUGCAUGAUUUCAUUUUUUGCUUCUACAUUUUUUUUGUAGGAAUCAUUUCCCAUCAGAGACGAGCUUCUGUCCGACCUCUCUGAUGACGACCUGCAGUUAUCCAAGGUGCCAGAACCUCUGAAGCCCACUGUGAUCUCCUUUAAACACAAGGAUGAUACUGACCUGUUUGGCCUUGGCUUCCAGGAGGAGGCUCCUCCAGCCAAAGACAGUAGUGAGGACCAGGAAGGCAAGUCCUCAAACAUCAGUGUCUCUCUAACUCUGACGCUCUGUCCACACGUAUACAGACAUUUUUAAAAACUGUUUUUUUGUCUGAGUUUACAGAAAAAUCCUGUCUACACUUGAGGUGUUUUUGGAUAUUUUACACUGAAAAUGAAAUUAAUUAAAUCAAUGAAUACUUCAACAUCACAGAAACAGUUUAGACAUACCAUAAGCAUAUCACACUAGUUAGUGGUGAUUGUAUAUUAAUCACUCUAUCACAUCAAAACACUAUAAGCCGCAAUUGGAAAAAGUAUUUUUUAAACUGUAGACAGAGUGGUGAUUUAAAAAGUAUUGAGUAAGAUAAAAUUAUUUGCCCCAAUUCCACAGUAUAAUGAUGGUUCACUUUCCUGGUAACAGGGUUCCUACACAAAUAUGAAAAGUAUGGAAAUAAAUUUGAUUAAUUUCCAGGUCUUAAAAAGUAUGGAGAAUGAAAAAUGAAGUAUGUAAAAAUAUUUAUGUUUCCAGAAUAUUACCAAAGUUCUCAAAUACUGUUUUCUAAAGUAGAAAAGUAGGUAUUUCCAAAAAUAAUUCAAAAAAUUAGGGUAUGGAAAAAUAUGGAAAUUUCAACGGCGUAGGAACCCUGUGGUAAACAUUAAAUUAAAUCAAACAGUAUUGACCUAAACUGGUCGUCCAUCAUUUUGGUACAUGUACAACACUUCGUCAGAAUUAACCAUUCUAAGGGUGAACGAGACCUCAUCCUCAAGUUGAUUUUUAGCAGCAGUUCCACUAGUAUCUGCAAAUCACCCUUGCUAUUGUUCUUGUAGGUGACACCACAUGAUUUCUGCUUCUUGCCGAGUUAGGAAAUCAUUUGAGCAGACAUCUUUGUGGCUGUAGAGCCCAUGUACAAUACUGCAGAAAAUUCUAUAAUUUCAUCCAGGGUAGAUUUUGUGCAUUAAUAUAAAUUAAUAAUAUUUUGCUCAGACUUUUUCCUGCCCCUUAGUAAAAUUUCAAUAAAACAUCAGGGUGGGUGAAGGUGUUAUAAAAUCAGAUAAAAGUCAGGAACAUUCUCUCUGACCAAGAGCGUAAAUUGAUGGUAUGUUCAUAAUGACUUACUCGGCUUGAUACUCUCAACUGCUCGCCUCAGUUGUCUGUGUUGUGUUUCCUGUGAUGUAAUUACACAGAAAUAGUUGCCAUCACUUCCUUGCUCAAUGCUACCCUACCCUCACAAAUGUAUUGAGCUAGUCAAGCUUUCUUACAGAGAUUAUCUCCCCCGUGAUGAGAUGCAUUUUAAACAUUCUGAAAAUGUCCCUGCUCAAAUGUUCUGAUGUUAUUUUGAAAAUGUUGGAGGAUCGUGCGUCAAAGGUGCUCUAACUUAUGUUAACCUUUUGUCUGUGUCAGAGGAGAGGAGUGAUGGUUUCAUGUACUGACCAACGCCACUUAUCAAAUAUCUGAUAGAAACAGAAUUUAGUCUUCCUGCUCUAGUCUCUGCUGCAACACUGACAACAGCGAAACAUCUCUUAUCUGUGGCUUAUUUAUCAUAGUUUCACCUCAUAAGAUAACAGCUGGCAGGAAGAGGUUUACUCGCCUGUUUGCAAGUUUUACUUUCAGAGGUUAAAUGUGCGACGACACUGAAGUCAGUGUCUGGGUAUUAAUGAAUCACUUAUUGGAUUUGUUAAUCAAGGUGAUUGAAAUGAUCACAGAUAUUUCCUGUAAUAAGAAAUUAUUUUAAUUUUUAUUACCGUUUAUUGGACCAUUUUAACUUAGGUUUCAAUUUCAAAUCAACACCAUGAAUUUGAAACAGAGAAUUAAAAACUUUUUUUUUUGUGAAGUAUGAACUAAGAUUUGAUCAGACACACAUUCAGAACGGGAGUGAACUGCAUCACAGGCUGUUUCCAUGCAAUUUGCUUCAGUCUUACAAUUGACUGUGACUGAGAUUAACUGUUAGCAUCUUCACUGUCGCUGCCCUCAGUGGAGUAAAUUCAUGACAGAUGUACUUAAUCCCAGUUUAUAACCAGAUUACUUCCUGAAGCGAGAAAAAAAAAAGAAAAGAAAAGCAGUCUUAGUGCUCUAGAUGAUGCAUUUUGCAUGUUUCACAGCCACGGUUUGAUAUCUAAGAACGGUUAUACUUGGAUAUCAAAGUCUGCCUCUAAUACAAGCCUUCCUCAUAUAAAGGCCUGGUGCCGUCUCCAUUAAGAGCAAAUAAAACCCUGUUUAUAUCUGAGGAUUUAUUAUGUUUUUUUUUAUAUCUCUGUUCUCCUCUUUCAGAUAAAGAAAGUAAACACCCCUCUAAAGACAAGAAGAAAAAGAAAAAGAAGAGCAAAGAGGUAAAGUAGAAGAAUACACACAAGUGUCUUAAAUACUGUAGUUACAAUGUAAUUAAUCUGGUUUUUGUUCUCAGGAGGACGAAAAGAGCAAAAAGAAACACAAACACAAGAAAAAAGAAAAAGAUGACACUGCAUCAGUGGAUGAGAAAGAGAAAAAGAAAAAGAAGUCCCGGCCCAAGAAAACAGAUGUGGACGAGCUGGAAGACUUUCUGGGCGGAGGAGCAGGCUCGGUCAAAAGAGAUGAUGGUGAUUAUGAAGAACUAUAAAAAGUGACUGUUUUAUGAGGUUGAACGAGCCGCAGAACAGCAGCGAGACAUGGGGUUGUGAAAAAAAAACCUUCCCGGUUCCUUGACUAGUAUGAGCAUAAAGUAUCUUCAAGCCAUACACAUACGCAAGGCUUCUGAUGACCCUGAGGUCACAUAACCAAGGACUGUGGUUCCUGUAUGUUUCCUCUGAUUGAUUUCCCAUCUGCACUUCUGCUAUCACUUCCAUUCCAACCAAUGAGAAACAGCAGGGAGACCCACGAGUACUGUAGUGAAACCUGACAUGAAAUCAGAUGAUUGGCAUCGCCACCAAUUGGCUCUUUGUACUUUGACUUCACUGACUUGUUUUCUUAAUAUUUUCUUUGUUUUGAUACACUCUGUAAGUGAUCCACUCCAAAUUAGCGACUGUAAAUAGGGUUACCUUUUUUGUCUGAAUAUGUGUUUGGUGGAUAUAUUGACGGAGAGCAUGCUAAAAGUAAUGACUGACUGCUUAGAGACUCCAUAGUAUUCUGUUUUUCCUUCUGUCCUAUUUGUCGGUUUUGGUGGUCAACGGCAGAUUGAGUCUUGUGUCUGGUUAGAAAAGGAGGAAGAAGAAGAAUUUCUGGUUAACUGGUUUAAGAAUUCAACCUUUGACACACAAAAAAUAAAUAUUUGAGUCUAUCCACAUUAAGAUGGCAAAAACAUUUUACUUUAGAUUUUCUGUCCUUUUACAUUUCAGCAGCAUUUAUCUGACCUUUCCUAAUCCUAAUAUUUGACAAGUCUUUACUAUCAGUGUAAACCAGCAAAACAAAGCCUUGGGUAGAUUCUGAAGUAAUGGCUGCUGUUUUUUUUUAAAGCACCUGGCUCCAAUGUUCGUCCACAUGCUUCAGCUGAAGUCACACGUUUAUCAGAAUGUGGAUAAGUUAGCUGCAACUGAGCUGGCAGCUACCAAACUGCUGUUUCAUAUCAUGUGGCAUUAUAUCUGUUGAGGUAUAAACAAGACUGGAAAACUUCUUUAUUCAUAGUUUUUACAUAUUCAAUCCAGUCAUAUCCACUUUAUUUAUAUAGCACAUUUUAAAAAAACAUUAAAGUUCAACCAAAGUGCAGCAAAGUUAAAUCAUAGAAUAAAGUGAAUUGGAUUUCAAAUAUCAGAAUUCCAUUGAGAAAUUGGCUCCAUCAAAAUCCUUGUGACUGAUGAGUGAAAGAAAACAUUUUACCAUAAAUAAGCCAGAUCUGGAUUUUUCAGCUCAUGAAGAGAAUUUGAGAAAAACCAAGAUGAUGCAUCUAUAUUCAGUCAUGUAUAUGUUAAAAUAAUCAGCACGGUUAAUGGGAGUAGAGGGGGGCUUUAGUGCAAGAAAUCUUUGAAUAAUGCACAAUGAUGCAGUUUGGAAUAGGAGCAAAGGAAUUUGACAUACAAAAAGUCAACUUUGCAUUUACUCAACUAACAAUCAUAAAGAUCAUUCACUCUUAGGGAGCAACCUUUUCUUUUUUCAGGGAGGACAGAUGAAAGGAAAACCAACCCAGACUACAAUGUGUUUGUUAUUCUCAGAGCAUGAGCUAAUGUGUGGAUGUCGUCUCAGUCCAAAAUUAACAUGAACUCAUUUUUGGCCUUGGUCACCCCCCUUAAGCUGCAGCUAGCAAGUCACACCAGUUUUUUCAUUUAAAGACCUUAACUAAGGAUAGAAAUGACUCUCCUGUCCUGUUAACACUCAUUCUAAGGCCACUUUUCUCUGCUUGUGAGCUACACACAGUUUAUCUUCAUCACUUCUGCAAUUGCCUUAAGGAAGGUUACUACAAGGGAAUGAUGUGCCGCUGUCUUCAUGAACCAUUUUUAAGUGUUCUUACUGUAAAGAAUCAGAAAGCUUGGUCGGGCCCAGAAUGUUGUUUGUCUUUCUAUUGAUGAAACAGAAUAUACCAUCCUUUAAGACUGCAGUGAAUCAGUGCAAUGGUUUGUCGUUUGUUUGUUUCUCAUUUGACAACAAAACACCAUCCAAAAGAGGAGUUAUUCUGAAAUUCUGUGAAUAUUUCGCUAUAGGUAACAUUUCAAGGAUUUCCUUAUUGUUUUAUCCUUUUGUUAUUUAUUGCUGCUGUUUUUGUUUUGUUGAAAAAUGUCGAGAUUUUGUGAGAGUUGAGCUGAAUCUGUUUCCCAAAACUCUUCCCGUAAUCCAUCGUAUAGUGGUUUACUUCCACUGCUUUUAAGGUGAUACGAUUGUGGUGAUUAACUGCUAAACUUUCAUUUCUUGUCCAAUGCCUCAGAUUGCCUGCUCAUAAUAGACAGAGAUGAUGUGCAGUAUCUUCCAUAAAUAACCAAAAUGUUUCAAAUGAGCGAAGCAUUCUUGCAUCUCUAGAGAGAUUGUGUAUUUUUAGACACGUUUUGACUACAGAUUUCAUACAGUUUCCAUAUCACACACACAUAGACGGUGACACUCUGUUGGUUUACAAAGAAAUCAUGUUUUAUUUUCCAAAGUUGAAACUAUGCAGCAUUGAUCCUGAAUACUGUAUGCUCUUUUUUCAUUUGUCGUGUGACCGAGGAUAAAUGCUAAAAGCACAGUUUCAAGCAAAGCAUGAGACUUAAAUGUACAGCAAGAGAAGAAUGUAUAAAGUAUAUAAAUAGAUCUAUAUAUUUGAAGCGCUUUGUUCCAAAAUUUAUACACAGGCCAGGUUGAAAAAGUCAAAGAAAUCCUCAAAGAGAAAUAGAAAGGUCAAUACAGAAACAUAAAGUAAUGGCAGUAGGAUGGGAAUGCAAUGUUUUCCAAUAAGAUGUGUGAUAUUUUGGAAUGAAGCCCUUCAUUUAUUUUUCACCCCAUGUCAUGUUCCAUCUUUACACUAUGUGUGAGUUUGCCUCUGUUUGGUCUGUCCAAUAAAUGCAAACUUAUUUCUUCAUAAA